CCCUUCUCUCUCUUUCUAGACAUAUAUUUAUCCUAAGAUUAGCCCUUAACAAACUUUUGAACAUGUCUAUCACCACCACUUGAGAAAUUCCCAUUUUCAGGCUUCAUUAUUGCAACGACACCAAAAUAAUCAAAACUUAGGAAAAACAAAACAAAACCAAACCAAACCAAAAUCACCUCCAUUUGCAACCUUCUUCACCGUAUGUCAAACCAAUAUCAUUAACCCCUCAAAAUGAAAUUCAUGUAUACCUUAAAAUGGAUGAUAAAGACAAAUUAAUCAUGAUCCAUGUUUCAUCACUAUUUGUUGUAAUUUAGGGUCACCAACGCAACCCGAUCAACAUUAUAUUUGUUCGAAAUUUAUACAUGUUAUAUAUGUUGUAACGCAAACAAAUGCCUGAGUCUGAUUCAAGUUCUGGCCGCGCAUUCAUAUGGCUUGUAACAUUUUUUUUGUUCCUUUCUUUAUUACUAGGAGGUGUGUGUCUUGUGGCAUACAUGAUCAUUCCCGAAUCUGAAACAGCAUCAUGGUUACCUAUAGUUGGUGUCUCAUUGGUUUGUCUACCAUGGGCUUUUUGGUUUUUCACAUGUUUAUAUAGAAUUUUUUCAAGGUGUUUUGGAUUUAGAGUUAGAAUGGGAAUGUCUAACGGCGGAGGGGGCGGUGGAGGAGGAAAUUGGGGUGCUACAAAUCCACCUAAGAAUGCAGAUGUUGAAGUUGCAACUUCAUCAAGAGGUGGUGGUGAGUUGAAUAGGGCAUCAUCUGUGGCCUCACAUGAAAGUGAAAUGGCAUUGGCAAAAUCUAUGGGCUCAUGACAUGACAUGAUUAAUUUGUACGUGAAUUUGACUUGAUGUUAUCAUCUUUUGGGAUGACAUGUGUGAUUGAUACAUAUUUUAUCAUUCUCAAAAUAUAAGUAAAAAAUUAGUCAAAAAAAAUUGAUAUAUCUGAUCAAAAUUUUAGAUCAGAUAUGUCUAUUUUUUUUACUUUGAUUUUGUUUAUAUUUUAGGAUGGAGUAAUAUUGAUCAUCUUAGUCGGUGAUGGCCUUGCUUCAAAAUGCUUGAACUAUUCUCUAUAAUCCUCACCUUCUGCAUUUGCACCACAUGAAUAUAUAGGCCUUGUUGAGGGAUACACGCUUGUUCUAUGUAUAUUUAUGGACAUAAUAGGCUUUGUUAGUUAGUUCUAUGAAACUUGUCUUCUUUAUGAAUUUUAGUAGACAUUUCAUAUGGGUUUGUUUAAAGAAAUGAGAAUUUGAUUAUUCAAGUCUCAUUAAUUGGCUUUAGAUUUUGUAG